AUGGCGCAAGCAAUUCGAAACGCGAAAGUGCCUCCAAACUCAGUGAAUCUGGAAGAAGCGCGUCAACGAGUCUUCGAAUUCUUCAGAAGCGCUUGUAGAUCGUUACCUACCGUCAUGGAAGUUUACAACCUGUACGACGUCGCUACAAUUUCCCAGCUCCGGUCCACCAUCGCCGCUGAGAUCCGCAAAAACGACCACAUCACAAAUCCCAAGGUAAUUGAUUUGCUGCUUUUCAAGGGUUUGGAAGAGUUGAAGAAUGUUGUAAACCAUUCCAAGCAAAGGCACCAUAUAGUUGGUCAGUACGUGGUCGGCCGGCGUGGACUGGAGCAGCAGGAGUUGGCCGCAAAAGAGCAGGGCAUCUCUAAUUUCCUGAAGAAUUUCUACAACAGCAAUUACUCUUGA